UCCAUGCAAACACAUCUUCAUUCAAAUUUAAUAAAAGUAAUAUACAGUGAGCUCUGUUUAAGAUAUAUAUAGAUAUGGCCGCAAAGAUAAUGAAGGUGGAGAUUAUCAGUAAAGAGACCAUAAAACCAUCGUCUUCAACCCCAUCUCACCUCAAAACCUCUAAACUUUCUUUCUUGGAUCAGUUCAUACCUCCAAUUCACUGUCGAGUGGUUUACUUCUACCCCAAAAGUGAUCAUCAUGACAGUACUUCUGCCACCUCCGAGCUUCUAAAGAAAUCUCUAUCACAAACCCUAGCUCGGUUCUACCCACUUGCCGGAAGAAUCAUCAACAACACAACCAUUGAUUGUAACGACGAAGGAGCCCAGUACGUCGAAGCUCGAUGCCAAGGACUUCUCUCAACGUUUCUGGACCAAUCACCCGAUCUUUCCCAACUCCAGCACUUCCUUCCAGAGAUGAAUCAAUCGCCCGAGCUAGGCAUUUGGCCUCAACUGGCGAUUCAAGCCACUUUCUUCGACUGCGGAGGAAUGGCCUUGGAUGUGUGCACGGCGCACAAGCUCAUCGACGCAGCCACAGUCGGGAUGUUCAUCAAAAGUUGGGCUGAAACUUCACUAAACAACUGUUCGGAUGGUGACCAUCAGACGGCGGAUGUGGUUCCUUCCUUCGACGGGGCUUCCUACUUUCCACCGGCUGAUCCCUCCUUCUUCCGGGCGCCUAACGUGAAGCCAGAUGAGAUUGAAUGCGUCACAAAGAGGUUUGUGUUUGAUAAAACAAAGGUGGCUGAUCUCAAGGCCAAAGUUUCCAGCCAAGGAAUUCUGAGCCCGAGCCGAGCCCAAGUGGUGACUGCCCUCAUAUGGAAAUGCGCAAUAGCAGUUUCACGAUCCAACUCCGGAGGAGUGGUUCCAACAAGGUUUUCCUUAUCACAAACUAUGGACAUACGCAAAAGGACUCAGCCUCCAUUGCCGGAUUGUUUGGUUGGGAAUGGUUCAACGUUCAUUUUCGCCGAGACGAGUGACCAAGAACCAGAACUGAAAGAUUUGGUGUCUGAAAUUAGGAGAGGGAUCAAAGAUUUUACCGAGAACAAAGCGAAAAGACUGCGAGGAGACGAUCCAUCUGGAGCGAUUUUUGAGGAUUUUAUCAAGUUUGGUCAGUUGAUUGGAUGUGAACAUACGCACAAAUUGGUUGUGAGCAGUAUGUGUAACUUUCAGCUGUAUGAGGUGGCUGAGUUUGGGUGGGGAAAGCCAAUUUGGGUGACUGUUCCUGUUGCCACUGGCCAUGGCAAUUUUGUGAGGUUGAUGGAUACUAAAGAGGGUGGAGUUGAAGCUUUCGUUACUUUGAGCAAAGAAGAUAUGACCUUGUUUGAGUGUGACUCUGAGCUUCUUGAUUUUGCUUACUUAUCGAAUCUCAACUCAAUCAUUUGAAAAUUUGUAACUUUAGUUAUCAAUUUUAUUUGUUUGUGGGGGGCUGUUCAAAACAAAUAAUCAGCCACUGUUUUGUUUGUGCGCCAAUUUGUAAUAAUAAUAUGGUACUUUCCACAA